AUGAUCUGGUGCAGGUGCAGACAAAGCAACUUCAUCGAGGAAACUGGAGGAGUGCUAAUUUGUUACUCGCCUAAUUUUAGACGUGCACCUAUUGACGAAGUUCAGCGAGAAGACAUUUCCUUUGAACAUCGUUCAAAGGUAUUGCGAUUUGGUAACCUUGUCUUCGGUAGAGUGCUUACGCAACUGGACAAUGCGGUUGAAUGGAUGGUUGCCGUUGAAGUUCAGUACUUGCGCCGUAUUUUUCGUUCUACUGAACACCCUGGUCUUGAGGGCAUUACAGUCUUUGCGGCAGACAAGAACAUUAAGGAAGACCAGGUGGUUGUUUCGAUCCUUCUCUGUCGUAAUCUGUACACCCGAGAAGACGCUGUUAAGAUGUUCUUUAAGAGUGAAUACCUGAUCCCUUGCGAUGACGACCAAUGUAUCAUCCAUAUAUCUAGCUCAGAAUUUUGGUUUGUAGUAUCAGGAAAACAGCAAUUCCAACAGCUGCAUGCCUUCCUCAGUUAUGAGUCCUGA